UUAUCAGCUGCCUUAAUCGCAGCAAAAAAACAGAGACCAAUUUCUUGAUCGAUCUAUGAUCAAAUAUUAUUUCUCGCCUCUGUUUUGGCGAUGGCCUCGGGCGGUGAUGAUCUGGCGAGACCAGCGAGUGGCCGCCGGAGUUUAAAUGAUCUGUGGCAGCAGCAGCAGCAGAAUCAGACGGCGGAUGUGUUCAGCCGCGGCGGCAGAGAGGAGGAUGACGAGGAGGAGCUGCGGUGGGCCGCCAUUGAGCGGCUCCCCACAUACGAUCGGUUGAGAAGGAGCAUGCUGACUCAGGUUCUCGAAGAUGGGUCCGUCAAAACCACUGAAAUUAACGUUAAAAAACUUGGGGUUGACGAAAAGAGGCUUUUGAAGAACACUAUUCUUAACGCCGUCGAACAGGACAACGAGAGCUUUCUACGAAGUAUUAGGAGCCGCGCCGAAAGAGUGGGGAUUGAAACGCCGAAAAUCGAAAUAAGGUACGAGCAUUUAGCAGUGGAAGGAGAUGUGCAUGUGGGAAGUAGAGCACUGCCCACUUUGAUUAAUGCCACAAUUAAUUCAAUUGAGAGCUUCCUAGCACUAAUUCGGCUUGCCCCUUCCAAGAAGAGAAAGAUACAGAUACUCAAAGAUGCCAAUGGAAUUGUCAAACCAUCCAGGAUCACCCUGCUUUUGGGUCCUCCCGGUGCAGGAAAAACGACGUUUCUACUCUCACUCGCUGGAAAGCUUGAUCAUAAUUUAAGGCAAUCAGGGAAAAUCACUUACUGUGGGCAUGAGUUUAGUGAGUUUGUUCCUCAAAGAACAUGUGCUUAUAUAAGUCAACACGAUCUUCACCACGGGGAGAUGACUGUGAGGGAGACUCUCGAUUUCUCCGGCCGUUGUCUAGGCGUGGGCUCACGGUAUGACAUGCUGGCAGAAUUAUCGAGGCGUGAAAAAACAGCCGGGAUAAACCCUGAUCCUGAAAUUGAUGCAUUCAUGAAAGCUACGUCAAUAUCAGGACAAAAAACGAGUUUCGUCACAGAUUAUGUUCUCAAGGUUCUUGGUUUAGACAUAUGCUCAGAUACUAUGGUUGGUGAUGAUAUGAGAAGGGGUAUUUCCGGUGGACAAAAGAAACGUGUUACCACCGGGGAAAUGCUGGUGGGGCCAGCAAAAGCUCUAUUCAUGGACGAAAUCUCGACGGGUUUAGACAGUUCCACCACUUUCCAAAUCGUGAAAUACAUGAAACAAAUGGUCCACGUAAUGGAUGUAACAAUGAUUAUCUCUCUUCUCCAACCAGCACCGGAGACAUACAACCUUUUCGAUGAUGUCAUCUUAUUAUCGGAAGGUCAAAUCGUGUACCAAGGCCCGAAAGAGAACAUUCUAGAAUUCUUCGAGCGAACGGGGUUCAAAUGCCCCGAUCGAAAAGGGGUUGCAGAUUUUCUUCAAGAAGUGACGUCAAGAAAGGAUCAGCAACAGUACUGGUACAACAAAGACAUACAAUAUAGAUACAUCUCCGUUUCAGAAUUCGCCGAAGCAUUCGACUCUUUCCACAUAGGACAAAAGCUCGCCGAAGAAGUCAGUGUUUGUUACGAUAAAUCCAAAGCCCACAAAGCAGCUCUGGUGAAAGAGAAAUACGGGAUAUCGAAUUGGGAGCUUUUUCGAGCUUGCUUCUCUCGUGAAUGGCUGCUUAUGAAACGAAACUCGUUCGUUUACAUUUUCAAGACCUCGCAGAUCACUAUCAUGGCUGUUAUUGCUUUUACUGUGUUUUUCAGAACAGAGAUGCCUUAUGGAGAAUUGACUGAUGGUGGGAAAUAUUUUGGCGCCCUUUUUUUCAGUUUGAUAAAUGUGAUGUUUAAUGGGAUGGCUGAACUUGCGAUGACGGUUUUUAGAUUGCCGGUGUUUUAUAAACAGAGGGAUUUCUUGUUUUAUCCUGCUUGGGCUUUUGGUUUGCCUAUUUGGAUACUGAGAAUCCCACUAUCUAUAUUGGAAUCGACUAUAUGGAUUGUUCUCACGUACUACACGAUCGGGUUUGCCCCAGCUGCUGGACGAUUCUUCCGACAGUUCUUGGCAUUCUUUAGCAUACAUCAGAUGGCUCUUGGUCUUUUUCGAUUUCUUGCUGCAGUUGGAAGAACUCAGGUUGUUGCUACCACAUUAGGGACUUUUACUUUGCUUGUGGUUUUUGUUCUUGGUGGUUUUAUAGUUGCCAAAGAUGACUUGGCGCCAUGGUUGAAAUGGGCCUAUUAUAUUUCUCCGAUGAGUUACGGUCAAAAUGCUAUUGUCAUGAAUGAGUUUCUUGAUAAGAGAUGGAGCGCUCCUAAUACAGAUCCUCGAUUUAAUGAACCAACGGUGGGGAAAGUCCUCCUCCAAUCGAGGGGCUUCUACACAGAAGACUAUAUGUUCUGGAUUUGUGUUUGUGCACUCAUAGGAUUUUCAAUUGUCUUCAACAUUUUAUUUAUCGCAGCGCUCACUUUCUUGAAACCUUUGGGUGAUUCAAACACUUUAAUAUUGGACAAUGGUGACGACAAAAAAACGACUGGAAUAAACGAUGACAAUGAUGGUAAUAAUCAGACAACUAAAAAAGGAAUGCUAUUACCAUUUCAGCCUCUGUCACUUGUCUUCAACCACAUGAACUACUACGUGGAUAUGCCAGCAGAAAUGAAAGCAGGAGUUGUAGGCGAUAAACUCCAACUACUACGAGACGUGAGCGGAGCAUUCAGGCCCGGAGUAUUAACAGCACUCGUCGGGGUUAGUGGGGCUGGAAAGACAACCUUAAUGGAUGUCCUAGCUGGCAGAAAGACAGGUGGCAGCAUUGAAGGACACAUCAGCAUCUCAGGCUAUCCCAAAAACCAGGACACAUUUGCUCGAAUAAGCGGUUACUGUGAACAAAACGAUAUUCAUUCUCCUAAUGUUACAGUUUACGAAUCCGUUCUUUACUCUGCAUGGCUACGCCUUUCGGUAGAAGUAAAGAAAGACGCAAGAAAGAUGUUUGUUGAAGAAGUAAUGGAAUUAGUUGAGCUGAACCCGAUAAGAAAUUCAUUAGUUGGUCUACCUGGAAUUGAUGGGCUUUCGACUGAACAGAGGAAGAGGCUAACAAUUGCUGUAGAAUUAGUGGCUAACCCAUCGAUUAUUUUCAUGGACGAACCAACUUCUGGACUUGAUGCAAGAGCUGCUGCUAUAGUAAUGCGUACUGUAAGAAGUACCGUAGAUACAGGCAGAACCGUGGUCUGUACAAUUCAUCAACCGAGCAUAGAUAUAUUCGAAGCUUUUGACGAAUUGCUAUUGAUGAAGAGAGGAGGGAGAGUCAUUUACGGGGGGCCACUUGGCCGGCAGUCUCAGAAACUGGUCGAAUAUUUCGAGGAUAUUCCUGGGGUUCCCAAGAUUGACCAUGGUUACAAUCCAGCUACAUGGAUGCUGGAUGUCAGCACUCCAUCAGCUGAGAGUCAACUCGGGGUUGACUUUGCUGAUAUUUACGCUAACUCGUCUCUUUAUCAGAGGAAUCAAGAACUUAUAAACGAACUGAGCACCCCUCCACCAGGUUCAAGCGACCUCCAUUUCUCGACGAAAUAUUCUCAACCAUUUUUCAACCAGUGUAAAGCUUGUCUUUGGAAGCAGUUUUGGUCCUAUUGGAGGAAUCCACAGUACAACGCAAUUAGAUUCUUUAUCACCAUUGCGAUUGGUGUUAUAUUCGGUGUCAUUUUCUGGAACAAGGGACAAAAGAUAGAAAAACAACAAGAUCUUCAAAACCUUUUGGGAGCUAUUUAUGCUGCUGUUAUAUUCCUCGGAGCCACAAAUAGUACUUCUGUACAAGGUGUUGUUGCGAUAGAGCGAACGGUUUUUUAUCGUGAAAAAGCUGCUGGAAUGUACUCUGCUUUGCCUUACGCAUUUUCUCAGGUGGCGGUAGAGACAUUAUACAUAGCAGCUCAGACAGUAAUUUACGCACUUAUUCUGUAUUCAAUGAUUGGAUUUGAAUGGAGGAUUGGAAAAUUUCUUUGGUUUUACUACUUCAUUUUCACGUGCUUCGUUUACCUCACAUUGUACGGUAUGAUGCUUAUUGCCCUAACUCCCGGUGUCCAAGUUGGCGCUAUCAUGGCAUCUUUCUUCCUCAGCUUAUGGAACUUGUUCUCGGGUUUCCUCAUUCCUAGAACGCAAAUUCCGAUAUGGUGGAGGUGGUAUUACUGGGGUACACCGGUGGCAUGGACGAUAUACGGGAUGGUGGUGUCUCAAAUCGGUGAGUUAACUUCUCAAGUGGAGGUUCCUGGUGUUGGUUUUAUGACAGUCAAGUCUUAUCUUAAAGAAAACCUAGGUUUCGAACACCAUUUUCUUCCGAUUAUCGGUAUCAUGCAUCUCGUUUUCAUUCUCCUCUUUGGCACAGUCUUCGCUUUGGGAAUCAGGUAUCUGAAUUUCCAGAGGAGAUAAUUAGGAAUAAGCUUUUGUCCUGAUUUUUAGCUCUUCAUAUUUAGUUAGGGAACUAAUACUGGUAAAAUAAUUAUUUUGUUCUUGUUAGAGAAUCGGCCAUGUCUGCCAGCUGUCAUCAGAUAGAAAAAAAAAACAUCAUUGAAAAUUAUAGCACCACAUUUUACACACUGUCACACUUUCACAGUUCACAAGAUUGCAAGAAAUGAA